CGUUUAUAUCGUGGAUAGAAAAGAAAGUGAAAAUUGGGAAUAUGAGAAGCUUACUGAAGAUGUUAAUGGUGGUUCUGUUUCUUGGAUGGAUUUUUGUUUGGAUAAUGAGUUCAACUAACCUUUUCAAAAACAAUUGGACCCCCAAAAUCACCAAGUAUCUCAAUACUACUUAUUUUGGUCCUCAAGGCAUCAAUCUAGUGCUUCUUACGGUUCCAAUGAUGUUCAUUGCGGUUCUUAGUUGUGUUUAUUUGCAUAUCCAGAAGAAACCCAACCAAACUCAAAGAGAAUGGAAGAUAAAAGGGAGAAUGGGGAGGGUGAUGAUGGUGAUGAACCCGUUGGGGAUAGUAACAGCCACAGAGUUGACUUUCUCUCUAUUGUUUGUGGCUCUUUUGACUUGGGCUCUCGCUAAUUAUCUGUAUCUUAGCUAUCACGUGAGUCUUCAUAAUCACGACAAUGCCAAAAUAUGGCAGGCAAAGUUUAGGGCUUUUGGGCUAAGAAUAGGAUACGUCGGCCACAUCUGUUGGGCCUUUUUGUUCUUCCCCGUGACAAGAGCCUCUACGAUUCUACCACUUGUCGGGUUGACUUCGGAGUCAAGCAUCAAAUAUCACAUUUGGCUCGGACAUAUCUCAAACUUUCUCUUCCUCGUCCACACCGUUGUUUUCCUUAUAUACUGGGCCAUGGUCAAUAAGUUAAUGGAGACGUUUGCAUGGAAUCCGAUAUACGUGCCUAAUCUAGCCGGUACAAUAGCGAUGGUGAUUGGAAUAGCGAUGUGGGUGACGAGUUUACCAUACUAUAGACGAAAGAAGUUUGAGAUUUUCUUCUACACUCACCAUCUCUACGGUCUCUACAUAGUCUUCUACGUGAUCCAUGUUGGAGACUCGUGGUUCUGCAUGAUCUUGCCCAACAUCUUCCUCUUCUUCAUCGACCGCUACUUGAGAUUCUUACAAUCCACCAAGAGAUCUAGACUUGUCUCUGCUCGGAUCUUACCUUCAGACAACCUCGAACUCACUUUCUCCAAAACUCCAGGGCUACAAUAUACACCGACGAGCAUAUUGUUUCUACAUGUACCGAGCAUUUCCAAGCUUCAAUGGCAUCCAUUCACCAUAACUUCAAGCAGCAACUUGGAGAAAGAUACGCUAAGUGUUGUGAUCAGAAGACAGGGAAGUUGGACUCAAAAGCUUUACACCCAUAUCUCUUCUUCCGUCGAUUCUCUCGAAGUUUCUACUGAGGGUCCUUAUGGCCCUAAUUCCUUCAAUUUGAGGCAUGAUUCUCUAAUACUCGUGAGCGGUGGGAGUGGAAUUACACCCUUCAUUUCGGUUAUCAGAGAACUCAUCUUUCAGAGCCAAAACCAGGGCACAAAACUACCAAAUGUUCUUCUUGUUUGUGCCUUUAAACAUUACCAUGAUCUUGCGUUUUUAGACCUAAUAUUCCCACCAGACAUAUCAGUCUCAGACAUUUCUAGGCUGAAUCUCCGCAUCGAGGCAUAUAUAACAAAAGAGGACAAGAAGCCGGAGACAGCUGAUGAUAACAGAUUGCUGCAGACAAAAUGGUUCAAACCGCAUCCUCUAGACUCUCCUAUCUCACCUGUCCUUGGACCCAAUAACUUACUCUGGCUCGGAGUCGUGAUCUUAUCAUCAUUUGUCAUGUUUCUCUUGCUCAUAGCAAUUGUCACACGCUAUUAUAUAUACCCUGUUGAUCGUAAUACAGGAAAGAUCUACAAUUUCUCGUAUAGAGCGCUGUGGGACAUGUUCUUGGGAUGUGUCUGCAUUUUCAUCUCUUCAAGCGUAGUUUUCUUAUGGCGCAAGAAACUGAACAAAGAAGGAGAUAAGGAGUCCAAGAAACAGGUACAAAACGUAGAUUUUCAGACUCCUACGUCCUCUCCAGGUUCAUGGUUCUGUGGCUACGAGAGAGAGCUCGAAAGUGUACCGUAUCAAUCUAUAGUAGAAGCCACUUCAGUCCACUUCGGCUCCAAACCUAAUCUGAAAAGUAAGUCAUCUAUUACCUCUAGACUAGACUCCCACGUACAGAUUCUUUUUGAGGCAGAAGGUUCGGAAGAUGUUGGGGUGAUGGUGUGCGGACCAAGAAAGAUGAGGCAUGAGGUGGCAAGGAUAUGUUCAUCUGGUUUGGCUAAAAACCUUCACUUUGAGGCAAUUAGUUUCAACUGGUGAUCGAUUCCAUGUGCCUAAGCCUAACUAUGUUUGUUUAUUUAUUUAUAUGGUUCGCUGUUUUUCUUUUAACACAAUGCAAAAUUGGAAUGCUAAUAUGUGUUAUUCUGCAUCCACAACAUUAUCAUCAUCAUCGUAAAUGGCAUCACCAUCGUGUAAUCGGUUAUAGUGUAUGUUGAAAAGGAAUAGACAAAAAAUUAACUUUGAUAAAUGAUCCGAGCUAUACGGCAUCCAUAAAUUGUUUUUUGAAAUUCACAUUACGGUUUCUAUCGUCUAAAAUUUUGAAGUUUUGUUUUUAAAUUCGUUGGAUAGGAUUAGGAGCUAAGGUGGUAACUUCUUUAUUCGAAGUUUACGUGAUUUUCUAUAUUAAUUUAUUCCCACCAAAACAUGAUUUCAAAGUUUUCCGACAAAUAGAAUAUUUAUGUAUGGAUAGUAGCGACUAAGGGUAAAUGUGAUCUUUCAUGUUAUAGAUGAUCUCUUGUCUCAUCAUGGAAAGAACACAAACAAGAAACAACAAGUUGUUUGGGACUAAAACAUCCCGCAUUACGAUAACCGAUCUCCUGUUGAUGAGAAGCCCUUGCACUUAAUGUUUUCCGCCUCCCAUCCAUAUUAAUCUUCUGAGGAGGAGAAGAUAUGCUUAGUGGUUUUGUUUAACCAUGCAUACUUGUUUAAUUUGUCAAAACACAAUUCGCCACACACGAUCAGUUUAAUGGUUUCUUCGUUGUGUUAGUGUUGUUAUUGCGUCUCCAUCUAAAUUUAAAAUUAUAUAGUACAUGUUGUUGACAAAAAAAAAAAAUCAACACAUGUCACACUUAUAUUUUUGUCGAUUGUUGUUGUCUUCUUUAAAACUAUGCACCAUCUCCAUUUGGGUAAUUUAUCAACAAUAAGUUUUUAUUGGCCGGAGAAGUCGAUGUUGUUCUACUUACCUACCAAUUAAAUAUGGGAAGUAGACUCCUUUAUAUUCAAUAAAGUGUUUCACAUGUAUUAAGUUUAAAG